AUGGAGGGUCACGAGGCUGGAUGGGAAGGUGUGCAGAGGCAAGGCCAGGUCAUAGGUGACUUUUUGAAUGCGUUUGGUCAGGGUUUAGGCGGAAUGUUCCACGAUCAUAUGAGACCCGCGACAACUCAAAUUUCCAGAGUUUACUGUGACGGACAAUCUGCCUCACGGUGGUCUUGGCCGUGGCCGAACGCGAGGAACUUAGGGAUAAAUAGCAGUCCUGCGAGAUUGAAACAUGAUAAGAAAACGUGGCAACCUGUGCCCAAGAGGAUGAUCUCGACGCUUGAUUUUGCGAUUCAUACCAUUGGAACUCGAGUCAGGCAGGCCGGUGCCGAGUUAGGCGCAUGCUUGGAGCACACACAACUCUUUGUGAUGAACACAGUGGGGAGUCGAGUAGGGCAGGCGGGAGCAGAUUUGGGAGCAUGUCUAGAGCAGCUCGCAGGAAACGUUUUGCAACAUCUACCUCGGCCAUUUUAUCGCACUCCCAGCUUAACCCUGAGUAUGUCCGGGCCGUCUUCUUACACAGGAUCAGUGGACUGCGUUCGGCCAGCCAUCGCUGAUUUGUCGAAAGUGGAAGGAGGCAGUGCAGAACGCAACAUUUUGUGGGUCUCAUCAACAUCAACCUCCAGCUCGAAGUCUCCCAAGUAUGCGAAUGGUCCAAACGGGCAGUCAUCCCAUACCACAGACGACGAGCUGGAUUCUAUAAUUUCGGGAAGUCCGCUCCACAAACGGAGCAAUGUGGUUGUGACAACCACUUAUGACAGCCAGACCCAGGAAAUUGAGAGUUCCCUAGUGGCUAGAGGUGACCUCUGGCGAGUGGAGGCGUCUCACGGGGGGCCUUCGACGCCUGGUAGUGGUAACACCCUGCUUUUUCUUCUCCAGCUUGGGCCGGUUCUGUUCGUGAGGGAUACAACAAUCCUAGUUCCCAUGCACCUCUCCAAGAAGAACGGAUUGCACUCUCUCUGUUUUGCUGUGUGGUCAAAGCACCGGAGAUGGCUGUCAAUGUCGAUGAUCUCGCUCAAUCCCAUUUCUUGCUCAUUUUUGGAUCUGCAGUUUCCAAAUGGUCAGUUGACGUAUGUUGCAGGAGAGGGUGUGACCGGCAGCGCUUUCUUGCCUGCUUUUGGGGGUCUUUUGCAAGCUCAAGGCAGGCUUCCGGGCAAUACAAAGAUCAGUUACUUCUACAAGAAUAUGUGGGGGACACGGUUUUCUCCGGGUAUUCAGCUCCCUGAUAAGUCAGUUUCUUUGGGAAUCUUGCAACCAUUGGCCUAG